AUGUAUGCUCAAGUUUGUACUCGUCCCGAUAUUGCAUAUGCAGUUAAUGUUUUAGGGAGAUACUUGAGUAACCCAGGUUUGGGUCAUUGGAAAGCCGUUAAAAAGGUCAUGCGAUAUUUGCAGGGAACCAAAGAUUACAUGUUGACCUAUAAGAAGUCUGAUCAACUUCGGGUCAUUGGUUAUUCUGAUUCUGAUUUUGCGGGUUGCCCUGACGACCGAAAGUCUACUUCCGGCUUGAUUUUUAUGAUGGCAGGAGGAGCUAUUUCGUGGAAGAGUGUUAAACAGACUCUUACAGCUACCUCAACCAUGGAGGCAGAAUAUGUAGCUUGCUAUGAAGCUACUUGUCAAGCUAUGUGGCUGAAGAACUUAAUCUCUCGCUUCAAAGUUGUUGAAAGCAUAUCUAGGCCACUUGUGAUAUAUUGUGACAAUUCUGCUGCUGUACAUUUCUCUCAGAACACUAAGAGUUCUUCCCGCUCAAAGCAUUUUGAUAUUAAGUAUCUAUUUGUCAGAGAGAAAAUUCUUGAAUUUCAGACUCGAAUUGAGCAUCUUGCCACAGAGAACAUGCUGGCAGAUCCACUGACCAAAGGCUUAACUGUUGGAGUUUUUCAAAGGCAUGCAACCAACAUGGGUGUAGUUAAGUCAUUUGAUAUUUUGGAUUAG